AUGGAGGAGUGGAAGCCCAGCCCCGCCGCGAAGCCCCACAAGAAGCGGAGCUGGUACCUGGCCUGGAAGUACAAGCUGAUGAACCAGCGCGCGCUGCGGAAGCUGUGUCAGACAGGUGCUGUCCUCUUCCUGCUCGUGACUGUGAUUGUGAACAUCAAGCUGAUCUUGGACACCAGGAGAGCUGCUUAUGAGGAGGAAGAGGAGUCUGCACAGGACUACGAUGAUGAGAUGCUGAAUGUGGAGGUCCCCAGGCACCCUGUCAACAACAAGAAGGUCCUGGAUGUCGAGGUGUAUUCCAGCCGGUCCAAGGUCUACGUGGCUGUGGAUGGGACGACGGUCCUGGAAGAUGAGGCUCGGGAGCAGGGAAGAGGGAUCCACGUCAUUGUCUUAAAUCAGGCCACGGGUCAUGUGAUGGCCAAGAGGGUCUUUGACACCUACUCUCCCCAUGAAGAUGAAGCCAUGGUACUUUUCCUCAACAUGGUUGCCCGGGGCCGAAUCUUGAUCUUCACCAUUAAGGAUGAAGGCUCCUUUCACCUCAAGGACACAGCCAAGAGUGUCCUGAAAAGCCUGGGGAGCCAAGUUGCACCAUUCCUGAGCUGGAGAGACAUGUGGACAUUUGUGGGGAAGAAGGGAGGGGAAGUGUAUGGGGAGAAGCACGCCAAGUCACCUGCCCUCUCGACGUGGGGGGACCCCGUACUGCUGAAGACAGAAGUUCACCUGACAUCCGUGGAAGAUGCUGAGUGCCACUGGCCCGACACGGAGCUGAACCGGCGCCGCAAGAGGUUCUGCAGCAAAGUAGAAGGUUAUGGCAGUGUCUGCAGCUGCAAAGACCCCACACCCAUCGAGUUCAACCCUGAUCCUCUCAAAGACAAUAAAGUCUUUGAUGUGCCUGUAGCUGUCAUUGCAGGGAACCGCCCCAACUACCUGUACAGGAUGCUGCGUUCCUUGCUGUCGGCUCAGGGCGUCAAUCCACAGAUGAUCACAGUCUUCAUCGACGGGUACUAUGAGGAGCCAAUGGAUGUCGUGGAGCUGUUUGGCCUCUCAGGAAUACAGCACACUCCCAUCAGCAUUAAAAAUGCUAGAGUUUCUCAGCACUACAAAGCCAGCCUGACUGCAACCUUCAACCUGUUCCCGGAUGCUAAAUUUGCUGUGGUUCUGGAGGAAGAUCUUGACAUUUCUGUCGACUUCUUCAGCUUUCUGAGCCAAUCAAUACACCUUCUGGAGGAGGACGAGAGCCUGUACUGCAUCUCAGCUUGGAACGACCAGGGCUAUGAGCACACAGCUGAGGACCCUUCACUCCUGUAUCGUGUGGAGACCAUGCCAGGCCUGGGAUGGGUGCUCCGGAAGAGCCUGUACAAGGAUGAGCUGGAGCCAAAGUGGCCAACCCCUGAGAAGCUCUGGGACUGGGACAUGUGGAUGCGGAUGCCGGAGCAGCGCAAGGGCCGGGAGUGCAUCAUCCCUGACAUCUCCCGCUCCUACCACUUCGGCAUCGUGGGGCUCAACAUGAACGGCUACUUCCACGAAGCCUAUUUCAAGAAGCACAAGUUCAACACAGUUCCAAAUGUCCAGCUUAAAAAUGUGGAGAGCUUGAGGAAGGAUGCCUAUGAGACUGAAAUUCAUCGGCUCUUGGGUGAGGCUGAGGUUUUGGACCACAGCAAGAAUCCCUGUGAGGACUCCUUCGUGCCCGACACUGAGGGCAAGGUCUACGUCAUGUUCAUCAGGAUGGAGCAGGAAGCAGAUUUCACCACCUGGACUCAGCUUGCGAAGUGCCUCCACAUUUGGGACCUGGACGUCCGCGGGAAUCACAAGGGGCUGUGGCGGCUCUUCCGCAAGAAGAACCACUUCCUUGUGGUGGGGGUCCCUGCCUCCCCCUACUCGUCCAAGAAACCCUCAUCAGUGACUCCAAUCUACAUGGAGCCCCCUGCCAAGGAGGAGGGGGCAGUGGCAGUGCCAGCGGUUGCGGCAGCAGAGCAGACGUGAGACUGGCAUCUGGAAGUGAAGGGGCCUGGGGGACGACAGAGCCCCCCACGGUGCAGAGCCAGAGGUGGCAGCAGCUCCUGGAGGCUGGUGACUGGAUACAGACUCCUGUUUUGGGCUGCAAAAUGAGAUCUUGGGCUCCCUCCAGCCCCCUGUCAUGGUCUCCCUCUCCCUUGCACAGGACAGGGUCAUUCCCUGUAGAUACGUCACCCCCAUCCCAGGAACUUUCGUUUUUUAACACAGACGCUUUACUAACGCUGCUCCUUUUGCCCCCUGGCUGGGCAAGGCUGGAGGAAGGAGAUGCUCAACUGGAGCCUAGAAGGGGCCUCAACAAACACCUCUGCUCCCCUUUUUGGCCCCGAAGUCCUGAGGAGGAGGCCUGGUGCAAGUGCUGCAGCCUGCCAGCUGGGUGGUAUUUAUUAACUCUUGCCUGGCUGGCUCCGUGCCCCAUGGUGAUCACGGUGGUGAAGAGGGGAUAUUCCAGCAUCUCUUCUGUUACCUGCACGAUGGAUGCACCUUGAGGAUUGUAUGCAGGGUUGGACAGCUUCCUGCACACUGGCUUUGUUUCGUGGGCUGCAGGUACUGGUGCAGCCCAGCUCACGGGCAAAAAGGGAAUGCUGAAGAGGAGCUGGACCUGCUGUGGAUACACGUAGGGGACACCCCCUACCCAGCACGAGGGCUGUCAGUUCUGGAAGCUGGAGAUGACUGUAGAUGGAAGUGGAUCAGGCGGUGCUGCAGCUCAGACCAUCUUCCCCCACCUUGUCUGUGGGGAGCAGCCCUGCCCCCCGAGUCGUGGGAGAGGGGGUGAAAGUGCCUUGCAGAGCGAGAUGGGAGCAGCCAGUGGCCAUGCCCCUCGCUGCAGGGGCAGGAUGGGCUGGGGUCCUCUGGAGCAAGAGAUGCUGCACUGACAUGGA